AUGCUUGUUCUUGCUGCUGGGGUUGGGCGGCGGUUGCUGCCAGCCGCUCUGAUCCGUGGCGUGGGGUUUGGCUUGAUUUGCUCUACCCGAUCCGUGGCCCUGUCCGUGAAUUUGGCUCUCAUUUCGCCCGCGAUUUUUUGCGUCUCGCUCGAUUUGGGUACCCGGCUGGCUAGUGGUUCUUCCAUCCGUGGACUUCUUCUGGCGUUUUGCGACUGUUCUGAGCGUGAUGUACAGCUGCUAGCUGUUGAACGCAAAGAGGAAAAGGCUGUCAUGGGGAUUUCAGCUAAGUGGAUCAAAUCACUUGUUGGGAUAAAAAAGCAUGAAAAAGGGCGAAAUGCUGAAUGCAGCGAUGCGAGGAGCUCUGCUGUCCAGUUGCUACACAAACGGGAGCAUUCUGUAGAUACAGAAAGUGUUCCUGCGGCUGAAGAGCGCAGAGUACAGGCUGAACCAUUGGCAGGUGACACAAACACAGAGACAAUAUCAAAUUCCGCUUUCUCGCCGAGCACAUCUCUUCAAGUUUCUCAGACUGAACUUGGUACAAAGGAGCAUCAGGCUGCUGUAGCUAUUCAGUCUGCCUUUCGAGCAUUCCUGGCUAGGCGGGCGUUGCGGGCGUUAAAAGGACUAGUUAGACUCCAGGCACUUGUUAGGGGUCAUGCUGUAAGAAAGCAAGCAGCAGAAACACUUCAGUGCAUGCAAGCACUAGUAAGAGCUCAAGCUCGUGUCAGAGCGAGACGAGUCCGUGUUUCUUUGGAAAGCCAAGGGACCCCAAAGAAACCUCCUGAACAAAAUGUUCAGGAGGACCAUGUUCAAGAUAUUGAGGAAGACUGGUGUGGCAGUAUAGGCUCAGUAGAAGAAAUGAAAGCUAAGGCAUUAAAAAGGCAAGAGGCUGCGGCUAAGAGGGAAAGGGCGAUGGCAUAUGCUUUAACCCAUCAGUGGCAAGCAAGUUCAAGGAAACAGAAAGCAGCAAGCCUCCAAGACCAAGGACUUGUAGGGGAUGAGAAUCAGUGGGGACAGAAAUGGUUAGAGAGGUGGAUGGCUGCACGCCCAUGGGAGAACAGGGUACUUGACAGCAAUGCCAAAGAUAGUGUCACAGUUGGCGAUGACAAACCAGCUGAGGAAGACAAGGCUAAAGCUCCGAACAAACCAAAAGGAAAAGUACCUGUUUCAACCACACAAUCAAAUGGAUCACAGCAGAAGAAAGGUGCAGGCCAUAAGAAGUCACAUUCUGAUAUAAAAGUGAAGCCAUCGAACGAGAUCACAGAUGAAGUCAGCUCUGAACCUUUGAAUUUGGCUUCCCGGUCCACAAGCAAUCCAAAAGAAAGACCAGCACAAAUCAAUGCACCAGCAAAGAAGCGAUUAUCCCUUCCUAACAAUGCAAUAGCCAGUGGGGGAGUAGGAAAGCGCCCUACCAACAGUAGUCGGACAACCCAGGCCUCAAGAUUGAAGAAUGCCAAAGGAGCCUCCAAGUCUGGAACAACAGAUCAGCCGGGGCCUGCUAACUCAGCCGCGAAGCCAGUUGAGACACUAGCCUGA